AUGGAUUACGAGGGACCCCCUUUGGAACACGCAAGCACUGCAAAGUAUCAUAUCUACAUCGACUUCACUAUCGACCUCACUACUGCAAUGAACAUCUCGUCAAAGCUCAUUCUUUGGGCUCUUUUGAGCGCCCCACUUGCGGCCAUCGCUGGACGCGACGACGGUGGCGCACACGAUCACGGCGGCGAUCCCGGCAAAGGGCAAGAUAAGUGUGAGUUCAAGCCGAAACUCGGGACUUGCCCGCCUCAUUGGCUCACUCAUAUCCCAAUCGCUCUUGCCAGACAAUCGUGUGACUGUCCUUCAUCACCCAGCCUCUCUCAACGUCGACGCGCAGAAAGUCGCCUUUGGAAACGCUUGCGGACGCGUUGGAGGCGUGGAUGCUCAGUGGGACUACGUUCCGAACUCUGCUGGCGGACACGAUGGCUGGUGCCAUAUUCCGUGAGUUGGUGGUUGCGAGCAACACCCCCUUCGCCCACGUCACUGCGGCUUAUGCGUCGCUUUCACGCUUGAUCCGACCUUCAGUGAUGAAGCGGGCGGCGGUGGAUCGGACCACGGAUUCGACGUCGGAGCUGCUCUGGGCAAUGAGAGUCCCGAAUGGAAGUUUGACUAUUACUGGUACGCAUGGCCCCCUGCAGCGUUAAUGGGUGCAGGCAUGGUCAAAAGUGACUUUGGCAAGAGCAAAUCGGAAGGGGAACAGUGUGAGCGGUAGUCGUUAGAGCACAAGUCAGUUACCUUUACCACGGGCUGAUUUCCUCCCGCGCGCACCCAUCAGACGUCCGGGUGCACCCCAAACAGUGGCCCUCGUGGAUGACUGUUGAGGACCAGAAAGCCGCCUGGGGCAAGCAAUGUGACGGUCUCUCGGGUAGACAGGCGGAUUGGGACCUCAGGAAGGCUCACGGCGGAAAGGCAGCCUGGUGUCACAUUGUGUGAGUUGUGAAUUGAAGUUCGCAUUCUGACUAGAAGCGGAUCUGAAUUGACGCGACGGUGUGCCCGUCCCCAAAUACCAGCGGCGGAAAGGACUUUGGACUCCAAAUGAUGGAUGCUCUGAAGGCGCAAGACCCCGCUUGGGACUUUAACUUCAAGUGGUACUCGUGGCCUCCUGCAGUGUCCAUGGGUGCAGGCAUGGUCAAACGUUCUCCUGAUAGCGGUUCGAGCGUCUGGGGAGGAGGACCGCAAAAGGAACAGUGUGAGCGGUAGUCGUCAGAAUCCACUUUACCCUUACCAUUGGCUAAUUCGCUGGCAUGCCGACAGACCUCCGCAUCCAUCCUAAACAGUGGCCGUCGUGGAUGACGGUUGCAGACCAAAAGACUGCCUGGGGAAAAGAAUGCAAUCGUGUGUCAGGUGGACAUGCGAACUGGGAUCUCAAAAAAGCUCAUGGUGGAAAGGCUGCUUGGUGCCACGUUCCGUGAGUGAAGAUGAACAAAUCCCAUCUUGGACAGGAUCGUACCCGGGCUGACGCAGCGCGGUGCUGGAUCUGCAUGACGUUUCAGCGGAGGAGCGGAGUAUGGAGGUCCCAUGAUGGAAAAUCUGCCGGCGCAGGACCCCGCUUGGGCCUUCAACUGGCGCUUCGAAAAUUGGCCUCCUGUCUGA